ACCAGACAGCCAAAAUCGCUGAAAACGUAAAGGGCACCAUGUCCACUGCGCUGAGCUGCUCCACUCAUCCUCCUAGGACUUCACAUUUCACCCGCCUGAAGAACUGGGAGACUGGAGAUGUUUUCCAUGACACUCUGCACAUGCAGAGCACCAGGGAGCUGCCCUGUGGGCAGAAUUCUUGCUUUGGCUCCAUCAUGUUCCCAGAGGUGCUGACUAACCGGUCACCUGGUGAGUCUGAGGACCCAGAGAAGCUCCUGAACUCUGCAGUGAACUUCAUCAAUCAGUACUACAGCUCCAUCAAACGUUUUCAGUCCGAGGCCCAUCAACAGCGCCUGAGGCAAGUGCAGAAUGAAAUCCACAACACUGGCACCUACCAGCUGGAGGAGACAGAACUCAUCUAUGGGGCCAGGAUGGCCUGGAGAAAUGCACCCCGCUGCAUUGGACGCAUACAGUGGACACGGCUGCAGGUGUUUGAUGCCAGAGACUGCACUUCUGCCCAGGAGAUGUUUGAGCACAUCUGUAGUCACAUCAAGUACUCCACAAACAAGGGCAACAUUCGCUCAGCCAUAACAAUUUUUCCUCAGAGGCGGAAAGGCCGUGGUGAUUUCCGGGUGUGGAACUCUCUGCUGAUUCGUUAUGCCGGGUAUUGCAUGCCAGAUGGUUCUGUCAUUGGGGACCCAGCUAAUGUUGAAAUUACCAAGAUAUGCAUUCAGAUGGGAUGGGAGCCCCGCUAUGGAAGAUUUGAUGUUCUUCCUAUGAUCCUCCAGGCAGCUGGAGAAGAACCUUGCUUAUUUGAGAUUCCUCCAGAUCUCAUCCUGGAAGUGCCCAUUAUCCAUCCCAGAUAUGCAUGGUUUGCUGACCUGGGACUCAAGUGGAAUGCUCUUCCUGCUGUGGCGUCUCUGCUGCUGGAAAUUGGUGGUCUGGAGUUUACUGCGUCCCCCUUUAAUGGGUGGUAUCUGAGCUCAGAGAUUGGCUCGAGGAACCUCUGUGAUGCCAAUCGCUACAACAUUCUUGGAGAAGUGGCUAAGCACAUGGCACUGGACACCAAGACUAACUUGUCCCUCUGGAAAGAUCAGGCCACAGUGGAGGUUAACAUUGCUGUCUUGCACAGUUUUCAGGUGGCCAAAGUGACUGUCAUGGACCACCACACUGCCUCUGAAUCUUUCAUGAAGCACAUGCAGAAUGAGUUCCGUGAACGUGGGGGGUGUCCUGCAGACUGGGUUUGGAUUGUCCCACCUAUCUCUGGCAGUGUUACUCCUGUCUUCCACCAGGAAAUGCUUAACUACAUUAUCAGCCCUUUCUUCUGGUAUCAGCCGGAUCCCUGGAAAAAUAAUGAUUACAAAAAUAAGAAGAAAAUAAGUUUCCGUAAAGUUGCAGAGGCGAUUAAAUUCUCAGCCAGUCUGAUGAGUCACGCUUUGGCAAAGCGGGUGAAAGUCAGGAUUCUGUACGCCACUGAGACCGGCAAGUCAGAGACAUUUGCCAGACUGCUUCAUGAUGUCUUCAAAAAGGCCUUUUACUCAAGGGUGAUCUGCAUGAACGAGUAUGACCAUAUCAACCUGCAACAUGAAAACUUGGUGUUGGUGGUAGCAAGCACUUUUGGAAAUGGGGAUCCUCCAGAAAGUGGAGAAAGUUUUGCCAAGGCACUAAUGGACAUGUCUCAUCCUGCUGUGAAACAAAUUGAACAGAAGAAGAGCUACAAGGUGCGAUUCAACAGCCUAUCAUCUAUGGACAACAUUCUGGAGGAAGUAAAGAGAAGCUCAGAACUGGACCACACAAAGAGCCCUGGGCCUCUCAGUGCUGUCAGGUACUCUGUGUUUGGCCUGGGAUCCCGUGCUUAUCCCCAUUUUUGUGCCUUUGGCCACGCGGUGGACACACUCCUCCAUGAACUGGGUGGUGAAUGCAUUCUGGAGAUGGGGGAGGGUGAUGAACUGUGUGGACAGGAAGAAUCCUUUCGAACUUGGGCAUCAGACGUUUUCAAGGCAGCCUGCCAAACGUUUUGCGUUGAACAAGAAUCUAGCCUUGGACUGGAUACCUGCGUCUUUGCAAAGAGCAUGCAGUGGCAGCCUGAGAAAUGCAGGAGGGUGACUGCUAAGAAACCCAUGGACUUGGUUUCAGCACUUUCAAAGAUCCACAAGAAGAAGGUUCUUCUCAGUUGGGUCAUCUCUAGGCAGAAUCUGCAGAGUGAGAGCUCCUGCCGUGAAACUAUCUUACUGCGCCUGGACACCAGAGACCAGGAGAAGCUCCAAUACGUUCCUGGAGAUCACCUUGGGAUCUUCCCCACUAACCGGCAAGAACUAGUCGAUGCUGUGCUUGCCCGUGUUAUAGACCCUCCACCUAUCAAUGAGAACAUUGUCCUUGAGACCUUGGAGGAAAAUAAUGGUGUCAGCUCAUGGGCGCGCACUGACCGCCUGCCUCCCUGCACCCUGCGGCAGGCACUGUCUCAUUUUCUUGAUCUUACAUCGACUCCUAGCCCCCAGUUUCUUUCCAGUCUUUUACUGUUGGCUACCUCCAGCCAAGACAAGAAAAGGCUUAGUGUUCUCACCCAGGCUGGCCGUGAGUAUGAUCACUGGAAAUGGAACAAUGCACCCACCCUUGAGGAAGUACUGCAGGAGUUUCCAUCCGUUAUGCUGCCCACCUCCCUGCUCCUCAGUCAGCUUCCUCUUCUGAAGCCUCGCUACUAUUCUAUUAGCUCUUCUAGUGCUGCCCACCCUGGGGAGGUCCAUAUCACUGUGGCUGUUGUGCAGUACCGGAGCAGAGAUGGUAAGGGGCCUCUGCACCAAGGGGUCUGCUCCACAUGGCUAAACCAUACCAAACCAGGAGACAUGGUGCCCUGCUUCAUUCGAGGAACUCCUACAUUCCACCUCCCUGAUGAUGACUCAGUGCCUUGUAUUUUGGUUGGGCCCGGAACAGGAAUUGCUCCCUUCAGGGGUUUCUGGCAACAGCGUCAGUAUGAGAUAGAGCAACAAGGCAAAAAGCCUGGUGACAUGAUCUUGGUGUUUGGAUGUCGUAAAUCAGAGUGGGACCACAUUUACAGAGAAGAUGUAGAAGAAGCCAAGAGCAAAGGAGCUCUCAGUGCAGUUUACACUGCCUACUCCAGAGAGACCACCACAAAGGUUUAUGUCCAAGACAUUCUGCAACAGCAGAUGGCUACACUUGUUUUCCAGACAUUGUAUGAACAGAAUGGUCACAUGUACGUAUGUGGAGAUGUUAACAUGGCUAAGAACGUGCUGAAAACAGUGCAGCAGAUUGUGGCUUCCCACUCAGGCAUGGCCCUCAGUGAGGCUGGUGAUUAUCUAAGCAAGCUGAGGGACCAACAGCGAAUUCAUGAAGAUAUCUUUGGAGUCACACUGCGCACACAGGAGGUGACUUCCCAGGCCAGAAACCUCUUCAGUCUACGAUAUGAGAAGGAACCAGUGGAAAUGUAACACCUGGAGUUGCAAUACUUAUACAUUUACUUGCAAAGGGAAAUGUCUUCUAGUGAAGCAGAUUUCUGGAAUGACAGCUGAAGAUGUUUGCUGUGGCUAGCCUGACCAUAUCUAAGGACCAAAGACAGCAAUAUUUAGAAAACUCUCACCCUGAUGUGCUUUUCUUUACAAACCAGAUCAAGGUCUUUCUCCUUUCCUGCUGACAGAAUAUAGUGCUUGAGGCCUCUGCAAAGCAGUUAACUACAUAUAUGCAGCUCUGUUAAUUAUUAUUUAAGAACAUUAUUUUCCAAAUGAAAAAUCAUUAUCAUAAUCAUAUGCAAUUCACAUCAUCUCUCAUUCCAAAAAAGAACUAAAUGUAAUAUUAAAUGUUUUAAUAUUUAUAUGUUUAAAAACCAUAUAGCAUGAAACUAGACUCAGCACUGUUCAUUCAUAACCCCUGUUCACAGGCAGGCAUUAAGAGAAAUGCAUUCUUCUGUCAAGCUCUCCUCUACAUCCCUGGGGGGCAUCAGCAGUGGGAGCCAGAUGGGCAGUCCAAACCGCAGUGGAAUUGUAAGGAAAAACUCUACUGGUGCAAGUCUGAUGGCUUAACUCUAAUGCACUCCAAUCUCAUUCACAGCCCGACAACUGGCCAUCCUACUGCUGACACCACUGUGAUAAGUAUAGUAUAUACUGAAAAAUGAAAUGGGAAAUUGGUUAAAGAUAAAUUUAAAUUAAACCUUGGUUUUGAUGAGAUAUUUUAUCCAAAACCAUUUACAAAUUUUGUACAACUAGAAAGAUUCUGGUACCUUUGUGUUAUGAUUUUAUGUGGCUUUCCAAAAAACAAAUACCAUAAAUAUGAGGAAAAUGACAGGAUGAGGUUCACACUACUGAAAUGGAACCUCAGGCCCAAAGACUCAUUGUCACAACUAUCCUCAGUUUUAAAUGAGGAUCCAAAUGGCCUUUCUCCCUUCACAAUUGGGCCAAAAGAAGGAGAGCCAUAUCUUAAAAAUCCAUACAAUUCUGCAAUAUAACAUUCAUAAAGGAUCCAAGGAAACAAAACCAAAAAAUUCUUGUCCUGAAAGCGUCAAACAAAAAACAAGUUUUUUUUUCACAAAAUGUUUUGAAGAUUCAUUUAACAAAAAAGACAUUUUUUAAAAAAUAAAGCAAGCCACCUAAGCCAGUUCAAAAUCCAAGUCCUUAAUUCCAACAACAGAGCCAAUAUAACAAUGAACUAGAUGUUAUCACAAAGAAAUCACAAUGCCUUUCUAGAGUAGACCCCCCCAGAAUACAUAGACAGAGGAUGAUGCUUCAGCUGACAUGUAAAGGUGGCCCUGCCUUCCGAGAUUCCACCCUACAAAACACAACUUAUAUAACUGAAAACACUGAACCAUAAAUACACUUCAUAAAUAAAUAUUAUAUUAAGAUUUUGCAAAACAGUAUUCAAAACAUAAAAUACAAAUUGACCAAAGUCAUUAAUAACAAUAAUAUACAAAGCAAUAUUUCAUAAACUGAAAAAAGUUUAAACCAAGGAAAUAUUUACUUGUAUAAAACACUGGCUAAAUCAUAACUCUUGGAGCACUAAGCAUUUUGAUCACAUAUGAAGUAUUAUAUUUAUGUUUAGUUUAGGCAAUAAGACAUCUUUGUAGAACAAGGUUUUUCAUUAUAUUUCUAUUUAAAUUCUAAAAUAGUGCAAAAUCAAAAAUUGCACUGACAUUGAGCUGGUAAAUAUAUAUUAAUAUUUUCAUAUUUUAUUUUACCCUUUUUUAAUAUUUUGAAUAUAGGCUAAAGUAUAAUUGAGAUAUUUAGUAGAUAUAGAUUGCUUUGUGUGAUUCUGAAAGGUUAAGCCAGUGGUUCUCAACCUGUGGGAUGGGCCCCCUAGGGGGGUGCGAAGUAACAAAAAGGGGGACG